UAAUAAUUUUUUGUUGUGCCAGAGCCAUUGUCGUGGCUGGUUAACAAGGAAAAGGCUGCUCAUUGCAAAAGAGGCUGUUAUACAGAUUCAAACUGCAAUUCGGAGCAUGAAAUACCAGAAAGCAUUCUUUCACCAAAGGCAUGCUACUUUGGAAAUACAACGGUUUGCAAGAGGAGCCAUUACUAGAAAGAGGCUCCUAGGGGCCUCUUGCUACCGUAACAUCUCAAAAUUGGGUUACCAAACUCUUGCACUUAAAAUACUAUUGCAAGCAGUAUUAAAGUUGCAACGGUGGUGGAGAGGUAAACUGCUUCACGAACAGAGAACAAAAGCAGCACUUGUCAUCCAAUCACAUGUCCGAGGAUGGACAGCACGGAAAAGUGCUUCAAGAAACAAGCACCAAAUUGUUGUGAUCCAAGCAUACAUGAAGGGUUACCUUGCAAGAAAAGAUUUAAGAGGGCAGCUUCUUGAUUUGCGUCUGAGAGUACAAAAAUCUGCUGCAAAUGUUGAUGAUGGUAUGCGCAUAAUAAACAGGCUCGUUGCAGCACUGUCAGAACUUCUGAAUAUGAGAAGUGUCAGCGACAUUCUUCGUAUCUGUGCAACUCUGAAUAUGGCAACACAACAUUCACAAAAAUGUUGUGAAGAACUUGUUGCUGCGGGUGCUGUUGGUACAUUGUUGAAGCUGAUCAGCUCUCUCAGCCGGAGCCUACCUGAUCAAGAAGUUACAAAACAUGCACUCUCCACUCUCAGAAACCUUUCCCGAUAUCCACACUUGAUUAAUGUACUAAUUAAUAGCUGUGGAUCAGUGGAAACAAUCUUGCGGGAGUUUUUAAGAAACAAAGAAGAGGGAUAUUUCAUUGCUUCAGACCUUUUGAAGAAGAUAUUCACAGAGAAAACAGGUGUUGAAGCUGUGCACAAGUUGCCUGCUCUUUUGAAGAGAUUGCGCGAUCAUGUGGAAGAGCUUUCAAGGAAAGCAAAACCUGACAAGAGGACCAGGACCCCACAGCCACAUGCAAGGAAAGAGCUGGACAAAAGAUUGAGAGAAGCUGUUGAGAUAUUGGAAUUGAUUAAAACCUCCAUCGGAUAUCCAACUAGACGACUCUCUUACAAGGUGUAAGAAUUUUCUUACUAGUUGGAUAGGAGUCUUCUUCUUUGUUGAUAUUGUUAAAUAUCCAUUUAGUACAUCAUGUUUAGCAAUAUAAAAUAGAAACUUUCCUUGCAGAUCAGUUAGUGAGUUGUGAAGAUAUCUUCACUCUAUA